UGUAACUAUGUCAAUUGUCUUGCAAGCGUCCAAGUCGUGCACGUGUGGUUACGGGAAUGAAUGUGUGUGUGUGCUUUUAAAAUCCACAUUUCACAGCCUGUCAACAAGUGUGGGCCGCCAUGUCUCAUUAUUUUGGUGCUGCUUGUUUUUUUUCUUUUUUUUAUAUCUUUUACCGGAAAGCCUCCACUCGUGCAUGCGCGAGACGUGACAGCCGGUGACGUCACUGACGCCUCGUGUUGUGAAAACUUUUUUUUGUAACCCGAAGUAAUUCUGUGUUUCAAAUCGCACACUUGCAUAAACUUUUUCAGUGCAUAAUUGCAUCCACGCCGUGAAACAUGGCCAAAUGGAGUGCACUGGCAAUACCCGGAUGUUGCACGGUCAAAAUGGUGAGUGUGCAGUGAUGGGCACUUAACACCUUCAAUCAGUGGCUAAGCAACAGAAGGGGCGGGGCUAAUUCAGGUGGUUGCAAUUCACAAUUAAAAAGGAGAGAAGCAGUUAACAACAGUAUUGCGUCAUUUCUGGUAAGUGCGCAAAGACAGUAAUGGCUUUUGGCCAGCAGUACACUGUAUAAAUUUGCGCUCUCUGGAACUAAAUAUGUGGUGUACGUAGUACACGUAUUGAAGAGUACUGAUGGAAGUAUUCCAUUUGAGACACAGGCUGUCUCAAGUUACGCCCUUUAACUUUUCAUGCAUUCAUUCAUGCCCUCACCAACUCAGUACGCAGUGUAAGUGUGGAAGUGCACGAUUUGCAACACGGCCUAAUGCUUGCAUGCACAAAAAUGUCAGAAUGGCCCACGCAUUCACUUCCAAGGCUUUUGCAGCUGACGGCUUAAAAAGCACAUAGAAGAUCUUUGGUCAGCGUUACCCUCGCGCUUUUGUUUGAAUUUAGGGCUUUAUUUACAGAACUGUGUUAGCAAUUUGAGGCAGUAACAGUUGAAAGACAUGGCAGUUACAUGAUAGAAAUAAUCGUCAAGGCAGACAUCCUGACCCCCACCGCCCAGGCCUUAAAUGUUGGUGCCUAAUACAGCAUUCAGGCUGUUAUGCUUUGUUGUUAGCCAACAACAAAACAGUGCUAUCUAAGGUACAGUGGGGACAAAUGGUUGAGCUUUUAGGAAUAUUACAUACAAAAAAAGCAUCCAAUCAGAGAGGCGGCCACCAGGUGCUGCAUUUGCAUGAUAUCUGGGGUUUGCUAUGAUAUGUUGUGAUGCACGAACACAUCCUUGGCACUUCCUCAUUCCUGUCGAUUCAACUUGUUGGUAGAACAGAAGUGGCGGUAAAGAGUGCAUCAUGUUGUAGCCGACACACGCACACGCGCACACACACACACACACACACACACACACACACACACACACACACACACUUGGACACGUGGAGUGUUGCUGCUGGAACAUUUCCCGCUGUGUCCACCGGAGCGCCAACUCCUGAUGAGAGGCAGCCAGUGAGUGUCUGGAAAGCCAAGAGAGCUUCAGCUCCAUUCUUUCUCCACAGUAGCGCUCCAUUUAAUCACAUACACACACACACACACUUCCCCCCCGUCAAGAAUCUAAAAUGGCUUUGUUGGCCAGAAAGACGCUGGCUUGCAAAAAGAAGCAUAAAACAAACAUGUGUGUCUGAACAGGUCAACAGGCAGAGGAAGGCCAUCGUGCAGCUCAUUAUGGAGAAGAGAGAACUGCUGGUUGGACAAAGAGUCAAGAGAGACGGGGGGACGCUGCGCGGGAAGAAUGGAAACGGGAAGAAAGCGGCGUCUCAUUUCGAGAUCACCAAAGUCUCCUCUCAGCAAGUGGGCGAAGGAGGUGUGAUAAAAGGCUGGGAGGAACGAGUGCUGAAUAUGAGCAAAGCAGUGAGGUACAACAAGGAGGAGGGCACAUUCACUGUGGAGAAAGCAGGCGUCUACUUCCUCUUCUGUCAGGUUCUGUUUAAUGAGCAGGAGUCUCAGUACGUCAAGCUGGACGUGGUGACCAGCGGUGGGAGGCCUCAGAAGUUGCAAUGCAUGGAAGGCUACGGGACCACCCCCUCGGCCGGACCGCACCCCUCCCAUUUCCUGAAGCCGUGCCAGGUGUCAGGCCUCCUGCGUCUGGACAAGGGCACGGAGCUACAUGCCAUGACGGGCCCGUCCUUCCGGCUGCACACGGUGGGCAACCCCUCAGCCUCGCCUCACGUCUUCAGCAUCUUCAAAGUCAACUGACAGGGACGCUAGCUUGCGGCGACGUUCGUUUGCUUUCCACGGUGGAGAAUUCCCGGUGCCGCGGUGGUUGUGGCAUGGCAUCCUCCCGCCGCCUCUUCCCGAAGACGCUCAUUUGAAAGACAAACCUGACAUUUGUGGAAGUUGUUGUGGACUCUGGAAAGCGCUCGUGUUUUGGAAAGGCCGCGCACAGACGCUGGACUGCAAGCGAGCGCUCGGGCCGAGGGAACAGAUGGGAUGGAAGCUGCUCUUCCUGGGAUUUCUAUCUUCGCCGUAUCCUGUCGUAAAUUGUGCUUCUUUUUCAUGCAGCCAACAGACAAGCUGUGCUUGCACCUUCAAACAUGACAAGAACAUUUUUUACACGACAUGUCUUUAUAUUUGCUACUUUUUGUCGUAUUUUAUCAAUCACAGCGUGAAUUUGUGGCCGCAGAGGAAGCAACAAUGACCAACGACUAACGACCAAUACCACUUUUAGCCUUAUGAAACCUAAUCAAUUUAUUUAGCAUGAUUUAGCCACACUAGGGAUGUGUAUGCACUACCAUUGGCCAGAAUAAUAUGGAGUAAGUCAAUAAAAAUAUUGAAUUUGGGAAUAAUAUCAUGCAGUCUGCAUGUCAGCUCUUGUGGAAAUGACCAAAAAAGGCUAGCAACAUUCCAGUGCCUUCUGCAUUGUGGGCAUGCCAACAUUAGCAUGUAGCGACACAGCAGGCUUGUAUGCUUGAUGCUAACAAUGAAUCAACAUUCUGCACUUUCCAAUGUCAAAAUGUGCCAAUACGUCAAAGCGCCAAUGCUAAUAAAGAAAAAGAUGUCUUUACAAUGCAAGCAUCUAAUGAAGUGGCACAUCUUGUGUAAUAUUGUGUCUCUCUUCUUGCACAAAACAAACGUUGUUAUUUCGAGCUGUGGUUUUGUGUACUCCCACUCUUGUUUAUAAGUAGUUUUUGUGGUUUGUGGCCCUCAGCACUUUAUUGCAGCAGACCGAGUGCUUUUAAGAACCAGCGUCCAAUGGAACACACUUUGAUUGCCUCAUCGGACAUUCAGCAUCUCACACACACAGAAUGCAUAUUUCCCCAUUAGCACUGACUGGACUGCACACACACACACUAAAGCAGCAUUUUCGCUUCCUCAAGCUGAAGCACAAAGCACACAAAACAUUGACACACACACACACACACUUCCUGGCUCUAAUUCCUAUUUUUAUAAAUGUCAAAGUUUAUACAACACACUUUUUAAAAACAACUUGAUGUUUGUCUUUGAUGCCAAAUAAACAUUUUUGUUUGGAA